CACUUAGUAUACUUCCUUCUAAAUUUUUUCCAUUAUACAGCGACAGAGGGUUUUUGUGCAUCACAGACUAGAGGGAGCGAGGACGACUGUGUCUUCGUGAAGAUGACGCCGGCCGGCGACCAGUAGCCGAGCACACCUGAAUUGUAUUCUGAUACGCUGAAGUAGCUUCUUGCGAGAAGACGAGCUACCGUCAAUUCUAAAAUGUGAACCGGACUUUAUUAAAACGUCAAGCUCCUUGAGAGCGCACUUUAUUGCCUCUUUCGUUGUUUCCGUGGUCGGUCCUCGUGUGGCCAGCGUUGGACAACUCACGACCCCCGGCGACUACACUGUGCCUUCGGUGGUUUCUUGUGCGGAAUAGUAAGUUUGUACUUGUCCUUACUGACCACCUGUCACCACGACGACGAAGACCACGUCGACAUGAUGCUGCUGCGGUACUCCACUCCUGUAGUGGCAGAACCCAUUUUGUUCUUGUUCACGGCCGCAUGAUCAUGCUCCUGUCGUGUCUGAUGUUCAACGCAGACGUUCCUGCGCGGCGCGCUCAACCGCGGUGGACGGGGAGUACUUUCAACCAGAACAAGGUCGUACUGCUCCAGUUUUUCUUCCUCCUUUCUAUGCAUUGCAAAUGUGUCUGGGUCGGGAAAGAAUGUGGCUUGUGAUGCUAGCUUUCGAUCACACAAAAAUCUGUAUUGCAUGAAAGGCAAACGGCCCUCAGAUUGUUGCCACUCGAAGAGGGCAUUUCUCAUGCAGGAUAGGCAUGAGCAAACCUUUGCGAAAGCUGUGAUGCUAGAGCAUGUAUCACAGGCAUCGGGGGUCAUGUACAAAUUGCAUGACAAAGUCCUCCGGGGUUCCAGACCCAGACAUAUUUGCCUUUGAUAAUUUCCCCCCUACUGCAACUACACCGAGGUGGAAUAUUAUCAGUGCAAGCAUUGGUCCCGCCGGCGGGCUGGGAACAAAUAUCCUGUGCAAAAGUAUCGCACUCGUAGUAAUCGCAGUCAUGCAUUACAAAUCUGGUUUCCAAAGACAAAGAAAAUCAGCGAAUUAAUAUUGCAAGUACUACUAGUACGAUGCUUUUGCAAUUCAUAGCAAAAUGAAUACAGCAACUACGUGGGCGGGGCAGCACACCAUUAUUUUUACGGUGCGAACAAGGACGGACAGGGCACAGCGACAACGGGUGGUGAACAAGAAGUGAUAGUUAUCCGAAGUUGUUGUAAAAACGUCCUUACUUCGUACCCCGACUUGUCAUGCAGAUUUGGUGGAUCUACAGAACAGGCGCAUUUGUAUUUGUAAUGCGCCCGCUCCCCAUGAGAGGUAUAGGCAUUUUUAGUCGUGUUUUGAAACUUGUUAAAAUGCCGUACACAGGAUGAGCAGACGGCUUUGUGAAGAUUAUCCACGUCUGAUGUCCUUGCUAACCUGCACUACACGUACAGACAGCAGCUUGUCAUGCGUGACUCCCAAUAAACUUCUGUUCUUGACAACGCUAGGGUCGUGGGGACGUUUUUUUUACAUCCGAUAGUGUUCGACGACAAGGCGGAGCAGGAGUUGGUGGAGAAGCAAAACGAUGGAAUCUUCACAAGGGAUAGAGAACAGGUACUGCUGGUUUUUUGUCAUGCAGAAAUCACAAUGCAGAAGAGCACCGAGAACAAUGAUAGCAAAAAAGAGAACUUGUCUUGCGCAACAACAUCAACAUGCAAGGUGAACUACUACACUAGCAUGAUUUUUUGUGUCUUCCAUCCGAUUUGUCUUGCGGAACAAGCUUAAAAACAAAAUGAAAACAGGAACCGCACGUCGAAGAUGCGGACUCGGUAUGGAAGUGCUCAUGAGCAGCCUACCCAUUGCCGUCGUUUGAGGGAGCUUAUGGCAAGCAGCAAAAGAAAAACUGGUACUUUUGCAUGACAAGAAAUUGCAUGGGUAGAUAAAUGUUUUAACUGUGUCUCUUGGGCUCCUGCUGCAAGAACUUGUAAUGCAAAACACCGUCGAGUACGAGUUCGAGAGGCAGUUGCAGAGAUGGGUUUAUUGGCCUGACACUUGACGGGGUGACGGUGAGGGGGGAUUUUGCAAUCGCAUACUCGGUUCCGGACGCGGAAGAUGCCGAGGCGGACAGCAGUUAUGGAAGCGUCAGGUGGGAAUUCGACAGAUAGGGUUGUCAUGCAAAUGAUAUGCUGCGCCGAAACUGUAAUUGUUUGUAUUCCACCGCGGGAUGCAAGAACUGAGGUCCGGCUACAGUGACCUACUUAAACAUGAGCGGGGUAUGAAAUUAAAAGUAAAGGCUACCGGGUAACCUUUCAUCUGGCCGGGGGCCGGACGAAAGGUUAAGUACCCGGAUGAAAGGUUACCCGGUAGCCUUCACUUUUAAUUUGUUACCCCGCUCAAAUUGAAUUUUGAUUUUACAUUGCAAUAUAUUUUUUUUGUCGAGGAAUCCGCCACUGGCACUUUCAUAGCAAUGUUGUUGCGGGGGGAAACGACGUGAAGCGGACUGGGUCCUCGACCUUGGAAACAAGACGAUCACGUGGAGCUCACUCACGAAAGUCAGGAAGGGCACAACAGUCAUCCCCCAAAGAAGCGGCCCUAGUAGCGAAAGGUCAUUCACACCUGAAGACUUUGCUGGGGAAACCGGAGGACAGCAACAACAAGGAAGCCAUCGCGUCGUGGCUGUAUUCGGAUCAUGUACACGGAAACUAUCAAACAAACUUCGCAAACUUCAUCCUUGCCCACGCCUUAGUGCGGGGGGAGGCGGACUGGGUCGGUUUACGUCGUGCAAAAGCCUUCCCAUCAUAAGUCCAAAGUGCGAUGCAUAUAUGACGUUUUAUAUUGUAGUGUUACUCGCGAAGAAGAAGAACAACAAUACACUCUCAUUAGAGUUCCGGGCAUCAACCUCCAGCGGAUAAUUACACGAAACCGUGGAUAUCGAAUUUUCACUGUCGUGACAUGUUCCGUGCCUGAUGCCACUGCGACAUCCUCGCAUCCGGCACAGGAGUUUGAGUGGCAGUCAAAUUGUGUUGCAUGAGGUGCCUCACUUUUGCUUAUGCUGAUGCAGCUGCUGGUUGCCCACUGGCGAUUAUGGUGGCGACCGCACUCAUUUGUCAUGUUUCUGUAUCGCUUGCAAAGUCGUACGUCAAAGAUUCGCUGUACUAUUCGACAUUGAUGUGGUGGAGCAGUUUUUGCACGUGAGGGCCUUCGAUGCGAGCGUACCUGUAUCAAAUGAGAAAUUAGUACUCAACUGAAUUUUCAUUCAUUAUAGGGCGAGAAAAAGAAUAAAAAAGAAACUGGGGGCGGUUUUCUGGAUCAGGUCAAAAGAUAAACAGCAGCGCCAUCAUCUGUUGUGCUGUGUAGUAGUGGCGCUUGAGCCUCAAGCGCAACCUUCAAAACCUCAGAGGUUUUGAAGGUUGCCCAAUUUGACCCAAGCAGGAUCGGCCUACAAAAAACGAACUGGAGCUGAAAGAUAGGCCUCUUGGGGCCGACAUUCCAUGGUGGAAGUACUUUGGAAAAGCUUCCGCUCUGAUGCUAUGGAAGUUGCACGCGCUUCUUGUUUUGGCCUUGGUAUUAGAAUCAGGCAUUUGUAGCAUCAAAAUAAAGGCAUGAGUAUUUCCAAAAUCCUGAGGGAGCUCCGUCGGGUUUGGCAAAAGUACUCAUAGCCUCAAAAAUUCACGCUUUUUGCCUCUGCGGAGGAGCCCAAAAAAGGAAACUUUCAUUAAAAAAGCAACUUUUCUUGUGAAACAAAGCAGCUUAUUUUUUCUUCUCCGCAUGAAUUUAAAUCAUUAUCGUACUCAUUUACCCAAAAGGCGUACUCAUUUGCCCAGAAAGCGUGCUUCGUUUUGCAGUUGCCACAGUAGACCACUGACACGCGACUCGGUUUCAAACCAUCAAACAGGCCAGGCCCAUCCGUUACCGCGAUUCCAGGAUGAAAUCCUCCAGAAUGGCUCUGCUUUUCAUACACAGAAGUUCCCUCAGCUUUUUUUUCCGCCCUAUGUAUGAGGAAAAAUUGAGGUGUGUACUUUAACUUUUCUAAUUUGAUAACCUGCUCCAGGACAAUGUCAAGGCCGAGGUGUCUGUACUGCCACACAAGCUCACACACGCGCCGAACGCGAAUCAUAUGGAGAUCUCAGGGUGGACGUUGUUUUCAAGAAAACAGAGGAGCAGAUCUGUAUAUGUGUACUUAUAACAACAUGGGCAUGUUCCCCCUCGACCUGCUUUCCCCUGCCGUCCGGCGUCGCGCUGGUUUCUCCUGUCAUGCUUCUGGCUGAACCUAGUGUUCCCAAUUCUGUUCUUUGUGAUUGGAUUUUUCUUUGUGAUGGUGGAAGUAAGUGUUGCUCUGCCGCGUGUGCUCCAGUUGUUUCUUGCAGCAAGACCUGAGACCUGACGCUGGCAUAGAGACCACGGGGCUCCCACCAAUUCGCCAACUACUACUGUUGCUGGACUUGGGCGUCCACUGCCGGGUGCUAACAACGAAAAAAAACAUGCAGAGGCGAUCAACACAGACCUGGGAAAAAACACAAUCGGCGAUCAACACCGACGAUUUGACCAAGUACGUCGACGAUCACCUCUUCUCCAAGAAACCUAAACCGCCCCUGACAGACAGUGAGAAACUGCUGAAGCAGCAGAUCAGCGCCGAAUUUCCCGUGCAUGUAACAAAUCGCCACAUGACGUGGGAACACUCACUCGUCGUCUACAGGACUUUUCACGUAUCACAUUGGAUAGACUGGUGGCCGGGGUCCUCAUGAUAGAAAAAGAUCCUUUCUGUCAUGCAGAAGUUCUCAUGAAAUUAUAACGGAAAACAGAAAAUAGUUGCAGUGCUCUGUUUAUUUGCAUACGUCAACAAGUCCAAUUGCUACCUGGAUGCGCAUAGAGAACAAAGCCCACGCGUGGGCACAGGGUCCCCACGCAGGCGUGGGGUCUUUAUUAUAUUGUGCUGUAGUCACCGGUCGAGGUCACCGGUGGUUUGAUGUCAUCCGACAAGGCACCGGUCAGGGGCACCUGUCAAGGUCACCUGUUAAGGUCACCUGUCAAGGACACCUGUCAAGGGCCCCUGGCAAGGUCGCCUGUCAAGGUCGCCUGUCAAGGUCGCCUGCCGCCGGGGGUAUGCGGUACCAGAGCCCGGAAGUCAGGCAAUGGAAGCAUUAAUCUGAUCGCAACCAACACCAAGUCACUUUGCUGUGUCGUCACAAGACAGAGUUUUUCGCUCAAGGGUUCUCCCGGUACUCGCAUUUUCUUUUUUGAUACUGCGCCCACCAGCAUGACAACCCAGGUUUCCUGAUUAACCCUAGGGACCCAGCUUAUCUUACAAAAAAGUACACGGAUAGUUGGACCAGAGGUGAAAAUCACAAUUGGUGUAGUUGCUUCCCUUAUAAUUCGUGUUACACAUAAUACCAUCCCUUAUUCAUCGUUUCAAGAAUAAUAUCUCUUGUGUACCUGGCAAUAAACUAUUGCGGAGACCGCAACAAGACCAAGAGAGACGAUCUUCUGUCAUGCAGGGUAGAGCAGUUUGUUGUAAAUGUAAUGCGUUGCAGCGGCUAGGGAUAGGGUUACGGUUAAAGAGGUAGUAAAAGAAGUGUGUCAACAUGCUGAACAGCCAAUCGGCUUUGCGACAGCAAAACAGCUACCGAAAUUUCAUUUUUUCUCUGGUAUAAUGGCUGUAGUUUUUUGUUUUCCCGCGGAUACAGAAGCUGUGCGGCGUGGAGAAAACAGUAAGGAAAAUGUAGAGGCCGGUCGACAGGCGCUACUGAGUCUGGUGCAUAGCGCUGAGACGAGCGCCAAUGAAGACGGGACAAGGAACGGCAAGACUUGGCUGACGCGGCAAGAGGACGAGAUGGAGGUAGGCCGGAUCAUCCCCCUCAAGAUAAGAUCACCCCCCUCAAGUUUCCAAGAUCACCCCCCUCAAGGGCGUAGGGUUUAGGUUUCAGGGCUUAGGGUUUAGGGUUUCGGCGGAGUCGUCUGGGCCAGCCGUCGCGACGGCGCCGGCGCAACGGUUGGCCCGGACGAUUCCCCUCUGACCCUUCCUGUUCCGGGCCGCAGGCACGCACCGCGCGCCCCACGCCCUCGCCCCCAACCCCGUGUUUGUCCCGCCCCGCCAGUUUCCCCGUUGGCCGCGCCUUCGUUUGCCCGCUCACUGUGCCGCCUUUGUUGCCUCGGGGGGCCGGGCGGGGCGCCCCCCGAGGCUGGCUGCCCGCCUGUAGCACAUCUUGAGCCAGGAAGCCUAUUGGAGGGCCUUCCAGCAAAUACCAACGCCGCCCCGCCCUGCCCGCGGUCUGCCUGCCGCCGGCCCGCUUGCCCUUGUCCGCCCCCCGUAGCCCGGCUGCCUGGCCCCGGCCUCGCUCGUUGCCCCCUACCUUCCUGCCCCCGGCCCACCCCCUGGCCCCCUCACCCCCCCCUGCAUCUUGAGGGGGGUGAUCCUUGGGGGGAUGAUCCUGCCUAUGUCCGGACGAGAUGGAUGAGAGCGACGAUAAGAAUUUCCUCAUAUGGAUCGAAUUGUGGGCUUCACAUCUGAUCAACAUAAAAGGCAUCGAAAUGUAUUUGCACAACAGCGACAUCGUCCCGAAGACGCACCCGUCACAGCACGGCAAGGAUAAGUAUUGUGAAGAAAGAUCAUCUCCCACUCCCUCCUCGCCAUAUUCACAACCGAAGUCUGAGCUUGUGUAAGUUGUGUGCACAAGUCAGCUCUGUCGUGCAAGGAGGCAUCUCGCGAGGUCGGUGCCGCGUUGUACAGGCGAUUUCGUAUGCUGUGGGGCCUACGGAGGACGGCGUCUGCCGUUGCUAAAUUGAUAGCUACGCCGACACGCCGCUCCUACGCCUACUCAGGAACCUGAUUGCAGUUCCUCGCUGCAUGGCAGAUUUGUGGACACAAAUUCACCUACAAAUUCCGUCUUGAGUAUGGGGGUGAGGAAGGUUUUUUCAUUUUGAUAAUAAGGGGUCGCCGGAGGGGGACCUGCUGAUGCUCAUAAAGCUCGCGUCCCUGUGGAGCGGGAUGGAGGAAGAAACGAAGAAAAAGCGGGGUCUCGACGAGAGCUGGCGGGACGACAUGCCCCUGCGCCAGUACUUCAUGUAUCUUGUCACUAACACUUUUGACCGCAAGAAAUCGAACAUGGAGGAAGAUGAGUGGAGUCUGCAAUUGCAGCUGAAGAAGAGGUUUGGUAAAGACUGGGUAAUGGACUGGUCGUACGCGCUCUACGCCGUCAAGAAACUGUACCAUCACCGGCAAAUUUACGGGAGUGCCAGGUUUGAAAUCGACAAAGUGAAAAUGGUUUGUGAUGCAUGAAAUCGAUGCCAGGGGGCGGAGAAGAGUGAGCUCGACCGGCUGACGAGGGGGGAAGAAAACCGGGCCGGCCGGAUUUCGCCAGCGAUGUGGCUGAGUUCUCGUCCGCCCGGCCGCCCGGGUGAGAACUCAACUGCAAAGAACCUGUGUCAAGUACUUAGUUUGUUAAAGUAAAAAUGCUGCUGGGCACCAAAGACGACUUCUUUUGAUGUCCUACUCAAGUAUUUUCGAAAAAAUUCUUGUUCUUGAUUUCAAACCUGACACUCGUAUAAGACGCUUGAGCACGCCACGAAGAAGCCCACCGCGUCCUCCUCGACGUUGGAGACCGCUGGAGCCUCAAACGCGCUAGAAGAAGUAUCCUGAGUGAAAAUGUCCCCACCCGAGAGUCAAACUAGUAGCUCCGCAACAGAAAUCCAGAAGUUUUGCGAAUCACGCAUGACAAGUUUCAUCUCUCUGGUUUUCUUGGUGUAAAAAGUCAGCAACAUACAAGGACAGCCGCAUCCAUCACGGAGCCAUCUCUCAUUUACCCCGUCAUGCAGCAUUACAGAUGCCACUGCUAAAAGACGAUUGCAAAUCCAAAUGUCUCUCCUGGGGUUGCGCAUUACAGAUGCCCCGUUGAAAAUAUUGGAUGCAAAUCUGCAUGACGAAUGUCCGGUGGGGACGCUUUCACACAGUAUACGCCGGGCCCUCCUCGACGCUGGAGAUGACCGCCGGAGGAGUUGCAAAAAACAGUUACGAAGCAAGCGGUAGGUGGGAAAUCGACAAAACGGAAGGGGUUGUCAUGCACAUGAUCAUCAUGAAAUGCUGCGCACAAGCUGUCUGUAUUGCCUGGGAUGUAAGUAACAGUAACUUCUGAUGCGAAGGUGGAUUUUCUGAACACUUGUGGAGCUGCUCUUUCGUGCAUGGGAAAUCUCCUUACUUCCCUUUUGUCAAAGAUUCCACACCACCUGACACUUGCAUAGCGUCGCGGUUGCGGGGGGAAGGGAAAACGACGUGAAACCCGGUUCGACGCUGGAAGCAAAUGUUCCCACGAAUGAAGAACAGGUAUACGUAAGUUUUUUGUCAUGCAGAUUGGCAUGCGGAAGAGGAAGACACGAAAACUGACACUGACAGCGAAAAAAGACCACUUGUCUUGCGGAAUAUGCAGGAACACUAGCCUUUGUUGGAAAACUUUCCAUUUUGUCUUGCGGAAGAGGCUGAAAAAAUUCAAAAAAUACAGGAACAAGAGCUGCAGCCCGCUGGGUCCUCGACUUUGGAGCUCCAGCGGACAUAUAGAAUGCACAUAUGUCUGGGUCAGGAAGAAAGCGAACUUGUGAUCCGUAUUUCUCAGCACACAAAGAUCUGCCAUGCAUGGAAACCACGAACCAUUCCUGGCCAACGAAAGAAUGGCUUUGUGAUGCGCCUUACGUAUCAAGAGUCCUUUUCAAGACCUGUGACACAGUGUUGAUGCUAGGCCGUGCAUGCCAGUCCUCCUGGGUCAUGCGAAAGCUGCAUCACAAAUCUUUGCAUCCUUCCAGACCUCCCAGACCUAUUUGCAUUUGAUAGGACAAGACGAUCACCAUUCAAAGACUUGAACUUUUUCGGCGCAUCACGUGCAGCUGCGAAGAAGAAGCAGCACUCGCCGAGGGCGAGUGCGAAGAAGCCAGCAGCGACGCCGUCGCCGACACCGACGCCGAAACAUCACGCCGUGAAGCCACACACUUCCAAUCCGGGCCAAGGUAAAGCCGUCCUGCAGCGAGUGAUAGAAAACCACGCCAACUUUGCCAAAGAAGCGGAGGAAAACGUGGCGCCGUUCGUGAACUACCUCCUCACGGCCGCCGAUUUUUACAGGAAGACGGCCUUCCCUGCGUCGGACGUCAAAGCGUACUUGGCCGGUUACCCGAAUGUCGGUAUCAAGUGUAAACAUCGAUCUGGGUGACGGAAGUUGCAAUGCUCGUCUCGUCUGCAUGAGAAAAGGACUACUUGAGCACCCCAGCCAGGCAUGAAAAAAUUGCAAGGAUACAAGAUGUUGCUGCACAACGAGCAGAAGAAAUCGUUUUUUUGCAUGGUGGACUAAGCAGCGCCGAUCCGCUUCAUGCAUCAUAGAUGCUGGUCUGAUACUCAUUGGAACUCUUUCACACAGAUUUAUUGCAUUCUACUGAAACUUCUAGAUUCACAUCGGUCGACGUUGCAAUGCAUAAUGCUACAACAAAUCAAGAACAAAGACAAACACGAAGAAGAAUUGGAUCAUUGGGAAAACCAGUUGCAGAAAUUCCUCCUCCUGUUGGAUCUAUCAAGGUGAAAAGUGUCCCUCAUUCAGAAAUGCAUCGUAUUUGUCUUGCGAGUUGUGAGUUCUCGCACGGAAAGUUUUUCUCUUGCAUAAAGGGAGUGCAGCAGUGCACUUGUGCUUCAGGAUCUAGAAGAGCGAGAGUUCUUGUGCAGGGCUGUCAUGAAAAAAAUCGUCUCAGCUGCGAUAGCAAGAAAACAGCGCAGAUGUUCGCAAAUGUUCUGGUGCGAAAGUCUGUGGUGCUGCAAGUUGGCAAGUGUUUCCACUGGCAACUUUUGCUUUGCAGACGCUCUCAGGUUCUUGGUUAAGUAGGUGCACUCCUCCUUUUGAUAGGAUCUCGCACCCGCCUACCGCAGCUGGGCGAAGACGAGGAAGGCGAACCCGCCGCUAGAUCCGGCUCCCAAUCAUGAGCGUGUAAAGGACUACUUUGAAUUACUGCUCCGGAGGGACCCAACCACCGACGAUGAAAAAUCGCUGCAGGAGCGGGCGAAGAUGGGGGAAAACGACCAGUGGAGCUGGGCCGACGUCAUUGACGCCGCAUACAAGGUCUAUGUAAAGAUCCACAAGCACGGCAAGAAACUGAACCUCGUUUAAGCCACCGUCGUGAUCGGCGACGCUUCGCACCUCUAUCACGACACGCAUCUCGUCUGCUGCUGUUUACUUUUCCACGGUUUCACCUGCAAGAUGCAUCAUGUGGUUUACAAGCGACCCUGAACAAAAUAUCUCAACAAGAACCGGUUUCCUCUUUUUUUUCCGAAAACAAAAAUGCG